UUGCACACUGCUUCUUGUUCGUAUAAAAGCCGACGGAUUGAAUCCAAAGGCAUCAGUUCGCCGACUUCCAUCGAAGAAACAACAUCUUCUCCGUCUCACAAAAUCAGACAAAAACACCAACCCAAUAAUCCACCAUGGUUUCCGUCCGUGCCCUCGUCAUCCUCCUGAUCGCCGCCGUCAUCUUCAGCGUCGACGCAUACCGCAAGCCGCCCUUCAACGGCAGCAUCUUCGGCAAGCGUUCCGGCACGGCGAUCGAUUAUGAAAACACCGGCCGUGCUCUGAACGCGAUGUGCGAAAUUGCCAGCGAGGCCUGCGGAUCGUGGUUCCCUCAGCAAGAGUCCAACUGAAGAUAUUAUACAACGCCAAUAAACCCUCCGCCAGCAAAAUUAUACUUCCAGCUUACCGACCUUACUCGAUUUAUUGAUUGAAACGCUUUUACUUGAUAUUGCGCAUUAUUUAUUGUUUCAACAUUUAACAUUGCCGGUGUAUGCAAGUGCGAUCUAAUAACUUUCUCAUAUAUUAUAAUGUAACAUGGAAAAAAUAUUGUUCACGUGUUAUGCGUUUAUCACUAUAUAAAUAAUAUUGGUAUUAUUAUAGCUUCAAAUUUGUAUCAUUGAAUCACUAAUCUUAUUGUAAUAAAUGACAAUUUAAUC